GAGGGAUAAGAAAGAUAGUGUUUUGGAAGAGGAAGGUGAAAAUAAAAAAUGGUGGUGAGAAUUCGAUUGGCGAGGCUUGGGUGCAGGAACCAUCCAUUCUAUCGUGUCGUUGUUACUGAUAGCAAAACAACAAGAGAUGGCAAACAACUUGAAGUUUUAGGCUUCUACAAUCCCGUCGCAGGCAAGGAUGAUGAGAAAAGAAUGCGUCUCAAACUGGAAAGAGUCAAGUAUUGGCUUUCUGUUGGAGCUCAGCCUUCAGAGCCUGUGGAGCGUCUUCUAUUUCGAGCAGGUUUAGGACAUCAAGUUUCACCAUUGCAUAAAUUCCCUAUUAAUGGACAUAGCCUCAACCAAGAGCAACCAACCAAUGCUGCUCACGAUGAAGACAAUGGUAUAUCUCCAGAAGCUAUAUUUUCUAUUGGCCUACAAGUUUGAAGAGAAUAAUAGCUACCAUAGGUUUGGAGAAGGUGGGUGGUGUUGUCAGCAUGUCACCCCAAGCAAGGGCAAGACUCUGAUUAAAUUUUUGCACCAUGUUUAAUACUGCCUAAAAGUAAAUAGACAGGUUAUCUUGCUUGUGAGAAAAUGGUUAAAUGUGUUUACUGGAAGUGCAACUUUUUGUAUUGGGAAGAUGUUAGUUCUGUAACAAAAGUAGCUUAUUUGAUUUUGGCUUAUGUACGCAGGCAGGUCUGACUUUGUUGUCAACACACCAGUUGAUUUUUAUGCUUCUGCAAUUAUUUUUCAUUCUGGGGAUUGAUUUUGAAAUAUUAACUGGGGAUUGUUCUGCUCAUCCUUUAUUUUCCAUUGGAGUUCUUGUCGAGUUUGCAAUAGGGUUUGAUGUAAGAAGUGUUAUUCAUGUUUUGAAGCCAUGCACUUUUCAUGCUUCAUCUAAAAAUAUGAGAUUACUGGA